AUGUAUCUGCUCGUGACAAAUGUAUCGUACGCGUUGAACGAGAACUAUUCCGCUGGAGGAACUUUGACAGAGCUUUAUAAGAGACAUGACUCAGAGGGUUGGAUGCAGGUUGAAGAUCAUAAUGUCUUGGCCGGUGAAGCGAGCACAAGGCAGAGCUUUAGCUACGUGGAUGAGCUCAGCUGUUAUUCACGCAUUAGUGUUGCAACCAAUGGCGAGAUCGCCCUCGACAGUUCAUCUGAUACUUGCACUUCGUCUUCUUCCUCCAUUCAUGGUUGUGUGGAAAUCGUGGCGCAUGGUGGUGACAAAAUGAACCACUCAAACAUGUCUACUUGUGUAAAGCCGGAAUCGUAUACAUACCAAAAGAUGAAGCCGCAAGACGAGCACUAUCGCUAG